UUCCACGGUGCUUUCACGGGUGGUUUCUCGGCUGGAUACUACAACACUGUGGGUACGAAAGAAGGAUGGACUCCACAGGAAUUCAAGUCUUCACGGGAUCAACGAGCAGUCAAAUUUCAACAAAGAGCUGAGGACCUUAUGGAUGAGGAGGACCUGGGAGAGUUCGGUAUAGGCGCACGACGAAUUCGUACAGCCGAAGAUUUUGGAUCGGGUCGAUCGGCAGAAAAGCGAAUGGCAUGGGAGCAUGAUGUGACGAGCAGUUCCAGUACAUCCUAUGGCGAUGCAACUGGAGAACAUCAUAAGACCCGUGAGCGAUUCGAUCGGAAAACGAAUGCUUCGAUCAAUGGGUUGGCGAGAGGGACGAGGUGUAGGAUUGACGACGGCGAAGUCGAAAAGGAAAUGUGA